UUGAAGACAACAUCAACAAUUGAGGAGCAAAUGUUAUCAGAAGAAGAGGUAAAACAAAUCUAUCAUCGUCCUAUGUUGAGUUUAUCUAUAGAUGCUUGGAAAUUAUUGUCGCCGACACCGAUUCCAAGUACGUUCGGAGAGUGUAUGCGUGAGAUUAUUGGGAGUGUGUCCGGGAUGUGCGACACGAAGAGUAAAGACUCGACAUAUUUAGACAUUGUUGCUAUGGAUGAUGAGAAUCAAGAAAGAGACGAUGGGACAAGGGACAAGAAUCAAGUGUGUGCAAAAAUCAUAACAGGUGUUGCUCCUUUCGACACUACAUGUGAUGUCGGUAAGGACACAAUGACAUUUCAGAACGAAGGAGGAGGCAACAUCGGUCAUCAUCCACAACGUUCAAUCGGGAAGGUGAGGAAGUUGUCGAGCAACACCAUUGAUGACAUAUCGGAGAACUUCAAGGUGAAAGACGAAGUUAAUGACAGUAUGGACGUUAUGAGAACGGAGAAUAACGAAGCAGUGAAGACGAAAGUGAAGAAGGUGAACAUGUUAAAGUCAAGUGGUGUAAAUAUCGUAAAUGACGAGAAAGCGAUGCAAGAGGAGACAAGUGGACUCACUGGAGAUAUGAAAUCGAGAUCAUUGAUAAAUGUAAUUUCACUCAGUGAUGAAAAAGUUUCAUUGCCGUCAAGUUGUGAUAGGGACAAAAACUCGCAAAUGGUUUCACAUCUUCAUGAGGAUGAAUAUUUCAGAGUUGAGAAGAGGACACUACCACCUUUGUCUCUGAGCACCGUUGCUGAGUAUUUUCCUUUCAAUUGGCGUCCCUCCCAUACAGAGUCUUUUGUGAUCAGGAUGGAUGAUGUUGAGUCACUGGGAUCGGCGGGGUGGAUGACAACAAAUAUCGUUGAAGUUUAUAAUCAAUAUGUGUACGAGCCGGUUAUAAAAAAAAACAAAAAUAUGACUCACGUGGAGGUGACUUUCGUGUUGUGGUACAGUAAGAUAUACAAGACUCACAAAGAUGUUGAUGGGAACUGUCCUCCCGAUGUCGAAGUUGUGAAGGACGUGUGUAGAAAGAGAAGGAAGGGAAUGACAUCGGUGUGGGAUAAGGAAAUCGUCAUAGUGCCAAUUUUGCAUGCACAUCAUUAUACAGUUCUCAUAUUUGUCGACGUUGGUGUAGUGUUGAAGAACCCGGAUCUUUCAAGGACGGACUCAUGCGCGAUCUUCCACAUCGACUCAAAGAACAGUUUCGGGAUGCCAGCGUUUGAACCAUUAUUGGUGCAUCUGUUCUACGAACACACGACAACCAUGUUCGCACAAGAUAUUGACAUUACACCACAGCGUCUCGCGUGGACAUGGGAACAAUUCGUGGGUGGGGAAAGCAUCAUAAAAGGCGUCAGGUGUCAAGAACAACACAAUAACAAUGAUUGUGGCUUCAUGAUGUGCAAAAAUGUUGAGAGUUUGCUCGAGACCAUUGCAGAGAGCACGAAUGUGUUCAAAACGAAGGAGGAGGUAGAAAAAGCGUGUGCACGUCUCAAAGACAGAAAACCUCAUGAACAUCGGAUUAUUACGAUAAGGGCGGUGACAGAUAUUUAUAUGAAGUUGCCGACAUCGCAUACGCUUGAAGAAUUUGUAGCAAUCUUCAAGAAACACAUUACAAGACGACGGAAAACAACGGCAAACUAAGAACGUGCUGAAGGAAGUGCCACGACGAGGAGGUACACGUUGUCGGAGGGCGCGGUAUCCCGACCCUCCUCUGGGUGCUAAAGUCCGUGCCCGGUGUC